CAGAGAAGAUAUUUCACAAAAGGAUUUAAUUCACAAUUGCACAAUUUUGUGCAAUCUAUGUAAAAAAUACAUUUCUAUAUUCUAUACUUUUUUUGCAAUUUUGUUACACUUCUUAAAAACAACGAAGAUGUUACUGUAAACGAACAAAUUAGUUUGAUUUGGUUGACAAAAGAAGUAUCACAUUCAAAUAUAUUUGCAUUUUGUGGAACCAUUUAACAAUACUAUCAAUAUAUUUUAAGUAAGAUUUCUAUUAUGGCAAAUAAUACGUUUAUCCUCCAACUAUGAAACGCCUUGAAGGAAAUAUUAUGCUUUGCGGUUCUGUUUCUUGACAUAGCACCAUUAUAGAAUAUUAUUGGUAACUAGUUUCCUAUAAAAAUAUCAUGACGGAUGUGAUAGAACUAUUUGAUAACGAUAAAUUUUCAGUUUCAUGAAUUUUAUGCAUGAUAAUGAUCGGAAGGAUGUGUUCAAAGUUCUUCAAAAUAGGUUAAAAGUAAUCAUGUUGAAGUUCUCGAUUGACCCAUGUAAUGCUCGGAUCUAAGUCCAAUGGAAAAUUUAUGGAACGACAUGAUGUCUCAACCAAAGCAACAAAAACCAUCGAAUUAAGAUGCUGCCUCUUCAUUUAUAGGAAGUUAUAAUGAAUAAAGGCUACCCAACAAAAUACAACAAUUUUUAUCUGUUAAUCAACACAAUAUGCUGUAUAACCUUAAGUAUAAGCAUGGAUUGUACCAAUGAAGAUUUAAACAGCAUUGAAAACAGAAAGAAAUAUCUGCCUUUACUUCAAAACUCGAUUAAGAAUGAAGAUGAACCAAAAGUACUUGCCCAACAUUUUAAGAAUGUUCUUAAGUUUUUGUCAACAUAUGAUGUAUCCUCCAUAAACAAAGACCUUUUAAUUGUUGUAGCACCUUCUAUUAAAACAAACAUACUAAAGUGUUAUGAAGAUAAUGUUUUGAUUAUAACAACAACAGAUGAUGUGGAUAUGUUAGAUUUACUACGUGAAAAUCUUCAGAUUGCUGCUGAUUUAUUGAAUGUUUAUAAGGGCAUCUUGGAGUAUUUUACAGAAGUGAACAACCUCCACUUUCUACAUAUUAAAAGCCUUCCUGUAAAUAUAGGAGAUUCAUUAUCAAACACCUUCAAACAUUGUAAGCAAAGUCAAGAUAUGUAUAAAGGAAAAUGUAACAAAGAAUUACUUGAUUUAUUCAAAAUUGCUCAAAAUGUUCAUACAGCCUUAUUAAAACUAGUUGAGGCCUGUUACAUCAAUGAAGAGAAUCAUGAAGACUUGGGAGAAUUAACAGAUUUUUUAAAUGAGGUUAUUGAUAUUGGAGAAAUACUGUCUGAUUUAAAUAUUAAAUGUAUGGUUGAAAAUUGGAAAGGUUACACUGCUAUAACAAGAAAAUUUGCAGAUUUUUUAAUGAAAUUUAUGCAAACCAACAUUAACAAUAUUCUUCUUUAUUUUGAAAAAAUAAUUUCAAGAAAUCUCCUCCAAUUUAAGGAAUCUAUUAAUGUGAAUUUUAAUGAGAAGAAUGCUACUCAACAUAUUAAAGUGACCAAUUUCCUGAUAAAAGUGAUUUUAAAACUAGCUGAAACAUUCUGGAGUUUAAUAAGUUACGGCUUUGAAGCUGUACUAAAAAUAAGCAGUUUAAUAUAUAGUUUCAGUGUACCGAACCAGUGUAAAGAAUUGUAUUACAAAACAGUAUUGCAAAUUUAUGAACCAUUUAUGAAUAAAUUAUGCAAUGAAGAAGCAUUCAUUAAAUUUGUAGAAAAUAUGCCCCAGUCAGAAGAAAACUGUUGUGAAUCAUUGUAUAUUUUGAACACUGUUUUUAAUCAUUUUAAAACUGCAGAUACAAAAAUAAGUCUCAGUAAGAUUCUAAUGAAACUAUUUGACACAUUGCAACUUGCUGGGGCCGAGUUAACGUUUAAUUUAAAUGGCUUAAACGACUGCUUGUACGAAAAUCUGUUGGUUAAUGUAGCAACUGCACUUUUACUCAUGGAUAGUGAUAGAGCAACAAAACUCAUUAUUAUUUUAAAUAUGUUCCAUGAUCAUAUGUGGUGUUCUAUGUUUGCAACAGAUUUGUGGUGUCUUAUUUUAAGCAAUUUGACUCCAAACAUGAUUCUUCAAACAUUAAAUAAACUAAUAGAGUUUCAAAUACGAUCAGUUUUCGGAUUGUUUACAUAUAGAACUGAAAAGAUGAAACUGAAUAAUAUGUUGCAAAGGAUGUAUGAUAUGUUACCUAAAGAAUUGAAAAAGCAGUUAAUGCUUAAAUAUCCUGUAACGGACAAUGUUUCUUUGUGGAAUAUUUUGGGCUAUGAAGAUGUAAGAGACUUAGAAAAGACAUAUUUAAAAAGUAUUACUCCAUUGAUAUUAAAUGUGCAACAUAUGCAUCCAAAUACAAGUUUUGAAGACUUUUUUGCAGCCUUUGAUUAUCUGGAAUCGGCCAUUAUUCUUACACCAACUAACGACUCCUUUAAUUUAAUAUGUGAACUGUGGAAUUUUAAUAAACAAUCAGAUGAAAUAUUGAGUAACAACAUAUUUAAAUUUUUCAUUUGGAGAAUGUGCGAAGUUACGCGGAAAAUAAAAUGUUUUGAAAUGACCAAACUGAUAUCGGUUUUGGAGAAUAUGCUCAGUCUUCAUGCGGAACCUUCGUUUCAAAUUCCCUUUUUAUCGUUGUUAUCUGACAUUUGUUAUUCCUGUAAUGAAUACUUCGGCGCAGAACAAUAUAAAAUAUUAAGACUGAUAUCAACUAUUAUUCACCAAAUAUUGUUAGAAUCUUCAAUACCUAUUGUUAGAUUAAAGGCGCUAGACUUUGUAAAGCAGUUAGACAACAGUGAAUUGUAUUCCAACACAGUGAAGAUAAUUAUGCAAAACGCCAAAGACUACCAAGAAGAAAUUUCAAGGUACAUCCAUGGAAGUCAUGAAUCCGAUAUUGAUUCGGAAUACCCGUAUGAAAUAGACACGUAUGAAUUUACACAUGAGUGCGUCAAGUGGAAUAGAAAACAGUUUUUCACGAAAAAAGAUGUUUUACGUAUGAAUGUUGCCAACGAAGAAAACGAAAAAGUAAGAUUGAGAAUUACUGAAAACAGCGGGGAAUUUCCACCUGCUAAAAAGUCGAAAAUUGAGGAGGAAACAUGUGAUGUUGGAGAAGCAAUUUCUACCAUUAAAUGUGAAGUAAAAAAUCUGAUGAAUAUUUUGAAGACUGAAAAAAUGACGCCUAAGAAUUCGUCACAGUUAAAAAAUGUAAUAAGUCAGUUACAAUCUUUGUUGUAAUAAUUUCAUACUUUUAUAAAUAAAUGGUUUUUUUUCAACGAAA